AUGUGUCUAAGGAUCCUGGGAAUUGAGGAACUCUUACUUCUACCAUCCACAGACCCCUCAGACCUGACAGACCCCUCAGACCCCACAGACCCCACAGACCCCACAGACCCCUCAGACCCCUCAGACCCCACAGACCCCUCAGACCCCACAGACCCCUCAGACCCCACAGACCCCACAGACCCCACAGACCCCUCAGACCCCUCAGACCCCACAGACCCCACAGACCCCUCAGACCCCACAGACCCCACAGACCCCUCAGACCCCUCAGACCCCACAGACUCCACAGACCACACAGACCCCACAGACCCCUCAGACCCCACAGACCCCACAGACCCCACAGACCCCACAGACCCCACAGACCCCACAGACCCCACAGACCCCACAGACCCCACAGACCCCACAGACCCCACAGACCCCACAGACCCCUCAGACCCCACAGACCCCUCAGACCCCACAGACCCCACAGACCCCACAGACCCCACAGACCCCACAGACCCCUCAGACCCCUCAGACCCCACAGACCCCACAGACCCCACAGACCCCACAGACCCCUCAGACCCCACAGACCCCACAGACCCCACAGACCCCACAGACCCCACAGACCCCACAGACCCCACAGACCCCACAGACCCCACAGACCCCACAGACCCCACAGACCCCUCAGACCCCACAGACCCCACAGACCCCACAGACCCCUCAGACCCCACAGACCCCACAGACCCCACAGACCCCUCAGACCCCUCAGACCCCACAGACCCCACAGACCCCACAGACCCCUCAGACCCCACAGACCCCACAGACCCCACAGACCCCUCAGACCCCACAGACCCCACAGACCCCACAGACCCCUCAGACCCCACAGACCCCACAGACCCCCCAUGGCCAGGCCAGAGGGCCCUGUGA